AUGCAGUUCAUUCGUCUUAGCUUUGCGCUUUUCAUUCUGUUGUUAGCAUGGGCAGAUGCCGACAAUUGUUGGUACGAUUUUAGCUCCGAUUCUCGAGCUUUGACAUAUUCGUGCCAGAACUUUGACGAUGGUGGUGUUUUUUAUACAUCUUCUCUGAAGCAGAGUGAUUGUCUUCGAAAUGAAGAUGGCGAGCUUUUGUUCCAGAAUGGAUCUUUCUUCUUCUGUCACCCUAUGUCGAAUGACCAAGCCAUUGACGUCGAAUAUGAAGCGGAGGAGCUGCCUGCACAGACUGCUUCGAGCAAGCUGGUGCAAGUGAAGAUAUUGAUGGAAUGA